AUGUUUUUAAAGCUAUUGGAGCAAGCAGAGAAAGUGUUCGGAUCCAACAAUGGAGUGAAAGCUGCUUACUUCAAACAAAGCGUCAAGGAGGAAGUCGAGGAGGAGAAGGUCGAGAAGUCUAGAUCUACUAUUGGUGCAGCGGUGGUCGCGGGUUGUGAGGAGGAAGAGGACUACCAGAGGUGGCGGUGGCAGUGGAACAGAGAUUAG